AUGCAGCCACAGGAAGAGAAAUCCAUGGUCGCGGCGGAGACUGAUCACCACGAAAAAGCGUCGGACCCAAUUACCAAGCCUGAAACCGAGUCCCCCCAUGAUCUGGCAGACUUGGACCUGGCAAAUACCAAAGCUUACAAGGGCAAUGACUCGGAUGGUAAAGUCGUUUGGACUCCGAGAACUGUUUUAGCCUUCCUCUCCCUAGCUGGCCUCAAUUCAGGCUCUCAAUUGAUCCUUUAUUUUGUCGGUGGUUGCCUGUCUUAUAUCGCCGCCGACCUCGAUGGUGCAGUUCUGGAAGGUUGGCUGCCUGUGGCCAACAUCCUGGCCGUGGCUGCUGUAGCACCCUUCACGGGAUAUCUUGAAGAUCUCUUAGGUCGAAGGAUCAUCGCGAUUGGUGGCGCUGUAUCCCUUUGCAUUGGUUGUCUCAUUCUCGGGACAGCUCACACGUUUCCACAGGCGAUCGUAGGCCUGGCAAUAAGUGGGGCAGGUGCUGCGGUGGGCGAGUUAACGGCGCUCGCUGGCACUUCAGACAUGGUCCCUGUCAAGCAACGUGGACUGGCAGCGGCCGCAGUCACAGGCCUGAUCUUGCCAUUCGCUCCAAGCGUUCUAUAUGCCCAGCUGUUCGCAUCCAGGGCCACUUGGAGAUGGGGUGCAUGGGUGGCGAUAAUAUACAAUGGCCUUACUUUGGUCGGGCUCACGUUUACCUACUUUCCCAAAGCACAUCCUCGAACACAAGGACUGACCGCCCGCGAAGUCAUCAGAAAAAUAGACUUCGUUGGAGGCUUACUGUCGAUCGUCGGCGUCACUCUUCUACUGGUGGCGCUGCAAGCAGGCGGUUACUCCCAUCCGUGGUCGAGCGCAUACGUCCUCUGCACACUCUUGAUUGGAGCUGCUCUGGUCUUUGCCUUUUUUGUCUGGGAGUGGAAAGGGGCAAGGUAUCCCAUGGUUCCAAAGGAGUUGUUCGCAGGCCAGAGAGUCGUGGCACUCGCCUAUGGUGUCGCGUUCAUUGGUGGAAUGAGUUUCUACUCGUUGCUGAACAUGUACCCCCUCACUUACUCAACAGUAUAUUCUCCAGAUCCCGUCAAAAUUGGUCUCAGAGCGGUUGGAGUUGCAAUAUGUAACAUUGCUGGGGCAGUAUUCUUCAACGCUAUGCUUUCGUUGACCAAGGGGCGAGCUCGGGAGAUACUUCUCACCGCGUCCAUCAUCAUGACUGCACUUGACGGCGCAUUAGCCGUGGCCAACCCGUUUAACGCCAACACCACCGUCACCAUCGGAUCCUUGGCAGGUCUAGGUGUUGGAGGUAUCUUGGUUCCAGCAGCAACUGUUGCUAUGAUUGUUGUCCCCGACUCUCUACUUGGUACUGCCGUCUCCUUAUCUUUGUCUGUGCGCACGGUGGGAGGCUCGAUCGGCUACAGCAUAUACUACAACGUGUUCGCCAACAAGCUGAAGACAGCACUUCCCACGAAGAUUGCACAGUACGCCAUUGAAGCGGGACUUCCUGUGGCCGAGGCCGAAAAGUUUGUGGAGACAUUCCUGACCGAUUCGGCGGACAUCGCCAAAGUCCCGGGUGUCAAUGAAAGCAUUGUCGAAGCAGCAACCCUUGGUUCUCGCUGGGCAUAUGCGGAAUCCCUGCGUUAUGUUUGGUACACCAGUAUCGCCUUUGGCUCUCUGGCAAUCAUCCUUUGCCUGUUCAUGCCGUCGAUACGGAAGUACUCCACCAACCGUAUCGCUGUACAGGUAAACUGA